AUGAAGCUUAAAGAGUUCAAUGCUAAGGUGAAAUCACUUCCAUUCUAUGUCACUUUUGAAGAAGCUUGGGAUAAACAUGGUCUAGUGGAGUUCUUUUUCACAACUAGUGAAAACAAAGAAGAGAUACACCAACUCUUCAGGAAGGCACGAUUUCCCCUUGCCCCUCAUGGAGUCAAUCAACCACCAUCACCACCAUCAUCACCACCACCCAGUGCCAGCAUGUCUUUCAAACAAGCUUGGCGCCACUACCCAUUCACCCCUUUCUUCCACAACUGCAAGGAGACACCUGAGGACAUAAAAGAGCUUUUUGAGAAAGCUAAAGUUCAGCCAACCUUCAAGACCCUCUACAAGAUUGAAGACCCAGGUCAAUUCUCUAUUCCCUGUCAAGUAAAUGGUCAUUACUUUGAUAGAACACUAUGCGAUUCUGGCUCUUGCAUAAACCUCAUGCCAACCCAAACCGCCAAACUCCUUGGCAUCACACGCUUGCAACCUGCUCAAAUUAGUAUUGGACUUGCUAACCAUACUAUAGCCAAGCCAAGAGGAGUUGUUGUUGAUGUUCUUCUAGAGAUUGGAGAUAUCAAGAUCCCGGUGGACUUUCAUGUCAUAAACAUUCAAGGAGGAUGUGACACACCAUUGAUACUAGGCCGACCCUUUUUGGCCACUGCUGGAGCUGUCAUGGACCUUCCAAACCGGCGAAUGUCCUUAGCCAAUGUUGACAAGACAGUCUUUUACAAGACCAUACCAUUCAUCUCACCAAACAAGCUGUCUUACCUCAUCACUGCCCAAGGCCGCCCAAGAGAGCCACCAGACCACACUCAAGGUCACAAUGAGACAAGAACUAAAAGACUAUGUCUCAGGCCGUGCCCUUACCCCAUCUCCAACUAA